UGAAGUGUCUGGGCCGGAGAAGGUUAUCUGUAUGGGAGUUUCCUUUUCUGAUGACGAAACCUUCUCUUCUUUCCGUUGCUUUCCCUCGUGGAUGGAUAAACAAAUAAAGAGAAAAGGUCAGACUCAGAGACGCCCCUUCUCUACAAAUACCAAAUACAAAUAUAUAUAACAAUAAUCUUUCAAUAUAGCCUCUGAAAGAGACAUCAAAGACAAGAAACACCCUCCAACCAUGGAAAUGCCGCGGCAACAACAACAACAUCAUCAUCAAUAACAACUGUAGUAGCCAGCCUGUGUUUUGCCUAACAAAUCCCAAUAUUUUUAUACCCUUUACUAUAAUUGACGCAAACCAAGCUUACCCAACAAUGGAGACUUGUUCUGCUGCCAGUUCUGAUGAUAUCUUCAGAAAUUCUUCUUCUUCUUCUUCUUCUUCGUCGUCGUCGUCUCCGUCCUUUUCGGGUUCGGCAAGCGGCGGCGGUGGCGGCGGCAGUAGAAAUAUUAGCUCAAGACGAUAUGGGAUCAAUAUAGCAGCAUCGAAUUUGAUACAUGCUCCCUUGACGACCCUUUUGGAAUACGCGGGUAUUUUAAGAGGAGGAGGAAACGUUUCCUCCGCUGCUCAUGAGAGAGAGCAAUUGAUUCUUCCUCCUCCUGCUGCUGCCGUACGGUCAAGCACUGGUGCUCACCACCACCAGGAGGUUACUAUUAGGAUAAUUGGUGCUGCAGAUUCUAAUGUUGACCCUACUGUUGAGGCGAUGCCUGCGUCAUUACCUCUAUCAGAUGAUCAACCUGGUAGAGCUGUUCCUUCUGAAACCCCAACUGUGGAUGGGGUUUCCGGGAUCACCGCUGACCCCUCUUCCUCUUCUCCUCCUCCUCCUCCUUCUUACCAGAGAUAUGAUAUUCAGAACUUCGCUAGGUGGAUUGAGCAAAUUGUUCCAUUCUCUUUGUUGCUUCUACUUGUUUUCAUUCGUCAACAUUUACAAGGGUUCUGUGUGGCAUUGUGGAUUGCUGCAAUUCUGUUCAAAUCAAAUGAUAUUCUAAAGAAACAGACAGCUCUAAAGGGGGAGAGAAAGAAUUCUAUUACUAUAGCCAUUACUUUAGGGUUCAUGCUUCAUGUGAUGUCAAUUUAUUGGUGGUAUAGAAAUGAUGACCUUCUAUAUGCAUUGGUCUUACUUCCUGUGAGCACUAUACCUCCUUUCUGGCAUGCUUUAUUUAUCAUCGUGGUAAAUGAUGCUAUGGUGCGGCAGGUUGCAAUGGCCUUCAAAUGUAUACUCUUGAUGUAUUACAAGAAUGGCAGAGGGCACAGUUACCGUAAGCAGGGUCAAAUGCUAACUUUGGUUGAGUAUUUUUUGUUAUUGUACCGUGCCCUGUUGCCAGCUCCUGUCUGGUAUAAGUUCUUCUUAAACAAAGAGUAUGGAAGUUUUUUUUCUUCGUUAAUUACAGGAUUGUAUUUAACCUUCAAGCUUACAUCAGUCUUGGGAAAGGUUCGAUCGUUCUUUACAGCAUUGAGGGCUUUAUCAUCUAAAGAAAUUCACUAUGGUUCUAAAGCCACAUCUGAACAGGUCAAUGCUGCUGGAGAUCUCUGUGCUAUUUGCCAAGAGAAGAUGAGUGCACCAAUUUUGCUGCGCUGUAAACAUAUUUUCUGUGAAGAAUGUGUAUCACAAUGGUUUGAGCGAGAAAGGACAUGUCCAUUGUGUAGGGCAUUGGUUAAACCUGCAGAUAUCAGGUCAUACGGUGAUGGUUCAACUAGUUUGUUUUUCCAGUUAUUUUAAGAUCGCUGCUUGCUGAAAACCCAGAAUCCCACUGGGAAAACAAAGGUCAUCUUUUCGGUUUUCCAGUUGUGUAUAUUUUCUUUCCAUCAAGUGUAGUUUACAUCUGAUCCAGAUUGACAGUUCAGUCACAGAUAAGAGGAGGAAUCAUAUGCGAAUUUAUUGUAAUCUGCAAUCAUUAAUCACAUGAAAUUCUUGUUCUACAUAUAUUUUUUUGAGAUGAUAAAGCUCAUAAUGGAUAGAUAAAGAGGCUGCUCUUUUGGAUCCCACGUUGAACAUGGAUGGGCGUGGGUUGAGAUGUAAGGGUUAGCACACAGACAAAGUUGUUAUGGUUUUGUCAAGAAAUGUGUCCAUUUUCUUGUUUCGUUUCACUUCAA